UGCGGGAGUACCCGGAUCCGGAAGAGCUGCGCAUGUGCACGCGGUAGUGUAAACAGAGCAGAGGACAGCGGUGAGUACUUUACGUGCUGGUGCGGUGGUUGAAAUGUUGAGGUGAUGUUCCCGACUCCUCUGUACUCCCACGCCGGUCGUGGGUCGUUCUCGGAGGUGUACGAGCCGGCCGAGGAUUCCUUUCUGUUGAUCGAUGCUCUGGAGAAAGAUGCUGAUCUGCUGCAGCGAAGCAAACCCGCCGUUUGUGUGGAGGUGGGCAGCGGCUCGGGCGUGGUCUCCGCUUUCCUGGCGUCCCUGAUCGGACCUGCAGCGCUGUACCUGUGCACGGACGUGAACCCGGCGGCGGCGCGGUGCACGGAGGAAACGUCGCGCCGCAACGACCUCCACCUGCAGCCGCUCGUCACAGACCUGACCUCCUGCCUGCUGCCCAGAUUAAAGGGAACGGUGGACGUUCUUCUCUUCAACCCGCCGUACGUCGUUACGCCGCCUGAAGAGGUGGGCAGUCGGGGCAUCGAGGCGUCCUGGGCCGGAGGAGAAAGAGGCCGGGAGGUGAUGGACCGAUUUUUUCCCAUGGUUCCAGAGCUGCUGUCCGGCCGCGGUCUGUUCUACCUGGUCACCGUGUCCGAUAACGAUCCAGAGGAGAUUCGGUCUCUGCUGGCCGAGUCCGGUCUGAGAGGAGAGGUGCGUCGGUCCCGGCGAGCCGGACCCGAACGACUGUCCGUCCUGCGCUUCGGCCGGACUGCGAUGUAACGGCGCCGUCACCACGGUUACCAUCGUCGGCAGCACCGUGACGCAAGAGUGCCGUCGCCACGGAUACACCCUGUACAGAACGACGGGAACCUGGAGCAUCUCGCGCGGCCGUGAACAGAACCGGGAAGACGUACGUCCGAUGGUCAGAAGUAUCUGGACACCUGAGCGAUCUGACCGCUCCGUUUCAUAGAACAGUAUUUAAACAGACUGACCUCUGCGAGAUCUUUUCAGUGGCACGACUGUGGGAAUUUGUGCCCUUGCGGUCAACAGCCGCCCGGGCGCCGACGUCGGUCAACGAAGCUUCGGUCGGUGUUCCGAUUCAUUCCAAAGCUGUACGGUGGCGGAACUGUGAGGAGGUUCCAAACUUUCCUCUGUUUGCAGGAAGAUGAAAGGACCUUCCCUAAACUGUUGAACUGUCCUUUAUAUCAUUGAUUUGUUACACCAUCUAUUUUUAUUGAACAUGUGCAAAGCAUGAUGGGUAAAAUGUACGUCAAGAAAUAAACAGUAAUUAUAA